AGUUCAGAUAUCCAUGGAAAAAAGAUGCCUAAAGAAGUUGCUCGUGUAGUCGUUGAGGUAGCCCACGAUGAGAUGGCUAGGCUACAAUUUCCUAAUUUGAAUGCAGGGAUCACUUUGGUAGGUCAAGCAGUUGGGGUACCAGUAGCAUGGCAUAAACAUCUUAUUAUCGACGAAAAAGAGAAAGCAAGAAGAUAUUGAGGCAAUGAUACCUUCCACUCAAGAUCCACAGCCCCCAAAGCUUCCGCGUGUAGAGCCAUUGACACAGGAGGUAGUGUCAAUCUCUCACAAUGAUUCGGCAUCUAUGUCAAGCAAUUUGACCUCUUUAUUGAAGUUUGUAUCACCAUGGGAUAAUGACUACCACAAGAAGAUUAAUAUCCCAUCGUAUGUUUUUGGAUACAACACGUUUGCUAUGCUUUUCAAGGAUGAUGUGACACAAUUUUGCAACAUGGACAAGAUUGGGCAAACUCCAAUGAUAUUGUAUUUGAGGUUGUUGGAUGAUAUACUACAUACCAAUGGGUUGGAUCAUUUGUACGCAUUUCAGCAUCCAGGCGAAGUUAGUGUAGGUCAUGAGAAUAAGCGUGCCCAAGCACUUAAAGACCGAUUCAUUCAAAUGGGCGAGAAGCAGUUCCUUAUUUGUCCCUGGAAUAACAAUGCUUUCACGCUAUAUGAUACAGAAAAAGGAAAAAGAGUUGUAAGUCUAAAGUAUUAUAGUCCAAAAUGCCGACAACAACCAAAAACCACAGAGUGCGGUAUCUACUGCAUGAAGUAUGCUAGGGAUCUCAUUUCACAACGAAGAACCAGAGCAUAUCUAUCAAAUAAUAUUUACCAUAUACUGACGCAGAACUUAAUCAAGUUCAAGAAGAGUGGGCAAAAUAUAUUCUACUGCAACUCGCUAAAUGAUGGCAUGCUUGCUUAG